UUCUUGUCAUCUAUAGGUUAGAUGACAUCUGUAAAAGAUUCAUGCGAAAGGAAAGAACAGAGAAGAAAUAGAGAGACGGAAGCAAGGAACUCAUUGCAGCUGUCAGUUGUCCAGGUGAAAAGGUGCAUUUGGCGAAGAUGGUUUUAAACAGCAUUUCUGUUGCCUUUGUUCUUUACCUGGCUCUUCUAGGGGCAACUUUUUUUACAAGGGCUGAAAAGCUAAAUGUUGCUGCUGGCACACCUGUCUUCCUUCGCUGUCGAAGUAAAACUGACAAUGAUUCACCCACAAUAAUCUGGAAAUAUAAUGGAAAACUUCUGUUAAAGAAAAUGAAUGACAUUAUAUUUAAAGGUGAAAGGACUGUAUCAUACAUGUUGAAGGAUGAGAAGACUUUUUCUCUAGAACUGCGAAAAGCAGAACCAGGGCAAUACGCCUGUUAUGAGGAUAAUACGCAGGUGGCUACUUAUGAUAUUGAAGUGUGGAAAGUUACUGGAUCUAAAAGCGGAUACCUCCUGCAAGGUGACACUUUAAAGCUGCACCUGUCUCCUGUCAAAGAUGCCAGGAUUGAGUGGUUUGAACCCCGCAAGACCAAAGUAACAGGGAAUGAGCCACGAUGGAAACUGGAAAAGGAUAGCUUACAGAUAUUAAACCUUACAGUUCAGGAGGAUAAUGGGAUAUGGGAAUGUCACAUCUUUCCUUAUAAGGUCCACGUCUCCUACAAUGUCAAUGUAUUAGGUUUUUCCAAUCCACUGGAUGAGUUCCAGUUUGCCACUUUCAACAGCAGCAGCAUCCUUUCCUGUCCUUUGAACAUUGACCCGGAAGGAAAAAGUGAUCAGGAGAUUCCACAAAUCCAGUCUUCGAAAUGGCUUAAGAAUAAUAUUCACAUGAAGGAGCAUAACAACACCAAUCGCUCCAUCUAUCAAAUAUCCAAUAUCCAUUCUGAAGAUGCUGGACAGUACCAAUGCCAUAUUGGAUUUAAACAUCGAAUUUUGAUUAAAACCAUCAACCUAAUAGUUGUGAAAGUCUCUGCUAUCCCUCCCAUGCUCAAAUCCAAAGAAGACAACGUAACUUUGUGUGGUCAUAUCAGUUCUUCUGCCCCUCCACUGACUGAAUUGUGCUGGGUUUAUGUAAAUGAUUCUACGACUCAGCCCAAAUGUGGCUCUCCCAUUUCAGAGAAUAAAUUCUGUCACGUAGCUACAACUGAAGGGCUCUGGAGGUGUGAUCUCAAAGUGAACAACGAUGUUAAAAUCAGUAUUGACUAUAUUCUGGGAAAGACCUUAAAUGAGACUACUUUAGAGAAUAGAUUCUCACUGAUCAAAAUAGCCUCAGGAAUUGGUGCAAUGCUUCUGCUGUUAAUUCUUGUUGGUGUCUGUGUACCUACUUGUAAACGUAUUAAGCAGAAACAGCAACAAGCCAAGAAGAUGGCACAAAUUAAGCAACAUUUGCUUGCCAAGAGGACAUGCCAAUGUCAGAGGGACCUACCAAUUGAUUACUACCAUACCUGAAGAAGAAAAAUCACAUGUUGAAAAAUCACUGGCCUGACCAUUAGCCAAUCAUUGACAAUGCACAGUUACACAAAUUCAAAUACUGUUGGGUUGCCUUAACUUUCUAUCUGAUAUUCAUAGUGCUGUAAUCAUUUGGGCAAGUCUGUAUUUUGAAACUGUGGGACUUGCAGAAAAUAUUGGUCAAAAAGGUUUCACCGUAGUAAUUAGUUCUAAGUUGUCUAAUAGCCAAAUGCUCUUUGAACUGAUCUGCAAUUCUGCUGUCUACUGCAACUGUAAAUAAAGAUGUGUGUUCUUUGUUUUAAAAUUCCUGACCCAGAAAUAAAAUACUUAUAUCUUUCCCCCCAACUUCACUGGUUAAUUCAUGUAUAUGUCUACAGAUAUUUGUUUGCAUUUAUUGUUUAGUUUGCAAUCUUUUUUGAGAAA